AUGUUCUGUAUUCCUGAAAAUAAUGGAUCAGUACAAGAACAAGAACCUCAUGUAAAUCGGAGUGAAAAUGUUGACCAAGAGAUUGACCAAACCACUUUUAGGAGUAGGUGCUUACUAGUAUUAAAUUACAUCCACAACAAUUGAAGCUUUUUUAUUAUAUUUAAAAAACUCAAACUACAAAAACAACAAAAUUGCAAUCAAUUCAUUGUUCUAUUUGUGAUCAAAAUAAUUUGUUUUUUUCAUAGAUGCGACUGUAGAAUAUUUAGUUGAUAAAUUCAAUUUAGAAUUGUUGUACCCUACCGACCGAGGACAUUUUAAUGAAGAUGUAUCAGAUUCUCUUAAACGAAGUAUUUUAUUAUUUGGCUCAUGUAAACCUACAAUUGAAUUUGAGAGGGAUCAUAAAAAUAGAUCUUUUUUAUAGAGCUAUUAUAAUAUGAUUACUAAGACUGGUUCCAAAAUUCCACGUUCUUGGCUAUGUUAUUCUGUAAUUUAAAAAAAAAGCUUAUUUGUGAGUCAUGUUGGUUAUUUGCAAACAGAAAUAAUUCAAACUACAGAUCUGAAUGGAUAUCUGGUAUAGAUGAUUGGCAACAUUUAUUAUAUUUAAUAACUCGUCAUGAAAAAUCUCUACAACAUAUUGAAGCCACAACAGUAAGAGAAAAUUGAGUUAAAAAUACUACAAUUGAUAAAAAUAUAGAACAACAUAUAUCUAAAGAAGCUGAAUAUUGGCGAAAUAUUCUACGUCGUAUUAUAAAAGUUCUAUUAACCCUCACAGCAGGAAACACUGCUUUGAGAGGGAAUGAAGGUAAGAAAAGCGAUUAUAAGCCUGAAGAGUUUGAAGGUAAUUUUAUGCGAAAAAUUCGUCUUUUAGCUGAUUUUGACCCAUUACUUCAUGAACUUUUAAAUGAUUCUACCAAACAUAUUAAAUAUUUAAGUUGGAAAGUUCAAAAUGAGUUGAUCGACAUUUUAUCUGAAAACUUAUGUCAUAUCAUAUGUGAAGAAAUAAUUAGUUGUUCCUUCUUCUCAAUCAACUCAAGACAUAACAAAAAUCGACCAAGUGAGUGUCAUUAUACGAUAUGUGAUUGUUGACUAUGAAACACAUACAAUAAAUAUUAAAGAAUCAUUUUUAAGAUUUUAUGCUUUAGAACACCAUGAAUCAAUGGAUUAUGCGCAUUUGAUACAAAAUGUUUUACACAAACAUAAUAUAAAAAUUCAAAACUGUAGAGGACAAGGGUAUGACGGAACAUCGGUUAUGAGUGGUCAAUACUCAGGAGUCCAAAAGAGAAUAAAUUAUACUGUUCCAACUGCAUCAUUUGUCCACUGCUAUGCCCACAACUUAAUCUUCGUGAUAUCUGAUGCCUCUAAAAUUUCACCAAGCAUAUCAACAUUUUUUGAAACUCUACAGAAUGUUUUUAAUUUCUUUAGCUCAAGUGGCCCAAGAUGGGCGUCAUUAGCAUUAGGAGAUAACACAGCAUCAAAAAUUAGGAGAAGAGUAUUAAAAAAAGUGUGCUCUACCUAGUGUGAAUCUAGGCAUACUGCAGUAUUUGCAUUAAAAGAGCGGUUUAUCGAUGUAAUCAAAUGUUUAACUAUAAUGUCACUUACAAGUGGUAAAAAAGAUGAAUCUGAUAUGAGUAAAGCACUUAAAAAUAAGAAAUAAUCAAGUAAAUUUGUAUUAAUUUUAUUUAUUUGGGAAUAUAUUUUAAGAUAUUUAAAUACUGUAUCUAAGAUUUUACAAAGUACGGAUAUUUCAUUAGAAAAUGCAUCUAUGCUUCUAGAUAAAGCUAUUCAAAAUAUGCAACAUUUACGAAAUUACUACAGCACAAUAUAUUUGGAAUCAAAACGAUUAUGCGAUGAAUGGGAAUUGUUAUUUCUUUCCAUUCUUCGAGACCUAAAUUUUGUAAAAGAGUAUUUGGAGAGGUUGACGAUGAUCGCAGAUUUGAUAUUUCUAAAGAUACAUUUAGGAUUAAG